UAAAUACAUCAAUAUGUAAUCAAAAUUGGGGAGCUAUUUUUAUGGGUUACUAUUUACUCUGUACCUUUGCUUUUUACAAAAUUACUUAAAACUAUUUGUUGAAAAUAGCUCAAACUCUCUACAUAGCACAGGACUGUGCAUUGGAAUCAAAAUGACAAAUAUAAUGUGGAAUAUGUAUAGAUCUACUAGCAUAUAAACAAAGGAAACCAUUCCACUAAUGUAUAUAUAUAGUUGUGUUUGCUAGAUUAUUUAGCACUGCUCCAAGAUGUUUAUCUUAAAGUUCACUGUCAUUAUAAGAAUAUUGAUAUAAACACAAGUCACUUCCACUCUAAAAUAAUAAGAUAUGGCAGUGUCUGGGGUGUAUCAGGUUUUAAGCUUAUUAGUUCUAACUAAAUCUGCUCAUCCUUAUGACGAUGUUGGAAAGGCAGAGUUGAAUGAUCAUGAAGUUUUUAGAGAUUGCUCUCCAAGUAAUAAAUUUUUUGAAGUCACUAAUCGGAAAAUAAGUCCGAUGCCAAUCAUGCGUGGACAAGAUUUCCACAUUUUGGCAAAAAUUGAAAUAAAGGAGAAAAUUGAAUGGGGAAUCCUUCACCUCAUGGUAACAUAUCCAUUGUGCAGUAAUAUGAAUGUUACUAUUGUUGAUGAGAAACUUAACUUUUGUGAUUUUUGUGAUGAUGCCCUAAAACUGUAUUGUCCUAUUCAACCAGGAACAUACUACAUGAAUGACACUUAUCAAAUACCAGAAAUUUUCUGGACGGGUUUGUAUUAAGGUAAAGCAACCAUCUAUAAUGAAUGGAAUGAAGAAAUGUAUUGUGGAGAAACUAAACUUAUCAUAAAAUGAACUAUAAUCAACGUCAGUUUAAUAUAAAAAUCACAAUGUUUCUAUAUUGCAUAGGUGUAUCAGGUUAUUAGUUUAUUUAACUCUAGUAAUGUUUGUAUAAAAUGUACUGAAAGUUUAUUGAGUACUUUAA